CAUUAAGCCCUUCAAAACACAUUGGAAAAUUCAAGUUAAGAUUGUGCAUUCGUGGACACAAUACACUCAAUUCACCGGGGAAACAGUUGAAAUGGUUCUUGCUGAUACAGCUGGUACUUUGAUUCAUGCUACUGUUAAGAAGCCACAAGUGAGCAAACUGCAAAGGUUCAUAGUUUCUGGAGAAUGGCGUAUUAUCGAGCAUUUUACGCUAACCAAAUCAACAGGAAAGUAUCGAGCCACAAAACAUGGUUUCAAGAUGUCCAUGAUGGAAAAAACUGUGAUAAGUCGCACUCCUGCUGUUUCUGAUGACAUUUAUGUGGAUCUGGCAAACUUUCCAGAUAUUUUGAAUGAAGCAGGAUUGAGUGAAAACAUCUUAAUUGGUACUAUAUCUAUCUUACUUUCCAUUGUAUAUUUUCUUUUUCUAUUAUAAUAGGAACUUCUUCAUGAAAAUAUAAUUUAUUAGUCUCUUAUUUUGCAGAUGUACUUGGACAGGUAGUUAGUUUCAAUGAAAUGAAAAUUCAUGAUGUUAACAACAAGAUCACAAAGAGACUUGAGUGUGAACUCAGAGACACAAAGUAAGUUUAAUCAUGAAUCUAC